CGUCGCACGUGUUCACGUGGCUUCAAAGUAAUGCGAAUGUUAGAAUGUAUUCGUCGUUAUCGCACAUAGACGAGACCGGUAAGGCCAACAUGGUGGACGUCGGGCAGAAGAGCGACAGCAAGCGUGCAGCGGUCGCGGUGGGAUUCGUGGAGGUUGGUCCCGUUCUCAGUCGUCUGAUUGCGGAGAACAACGUGAAGAAGGGUGAUGUAUUGUCGGUAGCUGAGCUGGCCGGCACCAUGGCCGCUAAGCGUACCCCAGACCUCAUACCGUUGUGUCAUCCUCUCUCCUUGACUUACGUCAAGGUGAGAGCGAGGUUGGCUGAGGACGAGCAUCGGGUGGAGAUCACGUCGGAAGUGAGAUGCGAUGGUAAGACCGGCGUCGAGAUGGAAGCCUUGACUGCCGUGAGCGUAGCGGCGCUCACGAUCUACGAUAUGUGCAAGAAUGCAGCCGCCCCUGGCACGAUGAAGAUCCACGGUAUCGAACUGCUAUCGAAGACGGGUGGUACGAAGGGCAACUUCGGAGUAGAUAAGGCGAAAAAACGAUAAAACUUUUGACAUUCGUCGUUGAUAACGCGAGAGAUCCGCUGGUCUUUUAUGUUCUCCGCGGACGAUGUGAUGCGAUAGGAUUUAGUACAAAAGGGUCUAAGAACGUCAAGGAAUUUAGGAGGAUAUUCCGUUGUUUAGUUUAUUUUAUCUCCGUGUUAUUGUUAUACUAUCUUGACACGUGUGUGUACGGAUAGUCGUUUUAUAUACGUACAUAUAUAUUCUAUGUAAGAUUUUAUACACACGUUAUAUAUUUGUCACAAAUGGUGAGGGAAGAUGCGAUGAAGGUAUAAUUAUACAUAUAUAUUAUCGUUAUAUUUGUGUAUAUAUAUAUAUAUAUAUAUAUUUAACAAAUAUAUGUUUUUCUUAAUUUUUCUGCUAUAUGGGAGAACUACGCAAGCUUUGCAUAAUUACUAAUUUGUAUUUAAGAUCGACGACGCUUAUCGGGCGUCUCCGCUACGCAUAGUAUCUUUGUAUCUGUUUUUACAUUUUUACAUGAUACCUGACCAGUGCAAAGAUGAACGGAGAGAAUCUACUUAGGGGAAACUUGUCCAUUCCGAUACUGCACCGCUUUGCACCUGUUCGAACUGUUCGAACAGGAUUCUGUUGUGAUAUGGUGCAUGGCGCGAAAAGAGAUCUAAAUAAAAGAGGUGCUGGAAACAAUGACCUUAGAGUAAGAGAGAAAUUCGUUGUAAAUAAUCGACCGAAGUGCUUACACCUUCGACUUCCAUGCGUGUCAUUGAUCGAUUUGACAUUUUGUGAGUGAACAAUAUACUUGAGCACUCGAACAAAUACUCGAACAAACUGAAAUUAUUCGGAAAACUUCAUUGUCACAUAUGAAAUAAUAGAAACAUGCGAUAAAAUUGUAUUAACGUGCGUCUUACUAUGUAAGUCUCGCGAAGCAACAGACAGUGCGGCAACGUGUAAAACACGCGUGACACGACGAUGCAUCUGCAAGGCAGGAUUUUCCGAAUCGCGUUUCAACAAGCGGCUCAGCAUCGUCGCGAGCGUAAACACGCGCGAGCGGAGAGCGGACAAAAACGGCCUUGCCUCUCCCGCAGCAAUCGCGUCUUGCCUAAACUUUACCUUUUCUCAUGUACAUUGUAAGUUACGGAACGACCUACGUCGUACUUGUUAAAGCGUUGUGUUUGGAGAGAUUUUAUCGCAAUAUAUAUCAUUUAAUAUGCAUAAA